AUGACAUGCAUUUUUUGGGUAACGGGGUCUCACAAUGACAUCAAUGUCCUAGAGCAAUCUUCUAUAUUUUUUGAGCUUGCUGAAGGGCGUGCUCCUCCUGUUAAUUACUCGAUAAAUGGUAAUGACUAUUCGAUGGGGUACUAUCUUGCAGAUGGUAUAUAUCCAUCACGGGCAACAUUUGUCAAAACAAUUCCAGCACCACAAGACCGUAAAAGACAACAUUUUGCUUCCGCACAAAAGGCAGUCAGGAAGGAUGUCGAAUGCGCAUUUGGAGUACUUCAAGCGCGAUUUGCAAUUGUGCGCGGGCCUGCACGUUUUUUCCACCUUGAAACACUUGAGGACAUUAUGAUGGCAUGUAUAAUAUUGCAUAAUAUGAUCGUUGAAGAUGAGCGACAUACUUACCUUGGAGCAAAUGACUUUGAUUAUGAUCAAAUCAAUGAUAAUGGACCCGAACCGGUGUCACAUAAUCCCACUUGUAACCUUAUGUAG